AAUAGCGAGAUUGUGUGGAGAAUGGUCUAUCUGUCCAGUUAGAGUUUAUCGCAGCUAACUUGAAAUCGUGAACACAAGAAAAGACAACUUGUGUCUGCAUUUUCUUGAUUAUUAUAGAACUGACGUUUUGAUCAAAAGCGCCUGUAAAGGAAAAGUCUGAGACGAUUAUGGCUGCAGCUAAACAAUUUGUUAACUUUAUCAAUAAGACACCAUCACCUUUUCAUGCUGUUGAUGAAAUCAAGAAAAGGCUAUUGACAGCAGGCUUUACAGAAUUGAGAGAAACAGAUCAUUGGAACAUACAACCAUUAAGCAAGUAUUUUGUAACGAGAAAUGAAUCGACUAUAAUUGCGUUUGCUGUUGGUGGUCGUUAUGAACCAGGAAAUGGUUUUACAAUUGUUGGAGCCCAUACGGACAGUCCAUGUUUAAAGGUGAAGCCAGUAUCUGGUAAAAUAAAGAGUGGUUAUUGUAUGGUUGGUGUUGAAUGUUAUGGGGAUAGCAUAUGGAAUACCUGGUUUGAUCGAGAUUUAACAGUUGGAGGUCGGGUCAUGGUUCAGAAUAAAGGUAAGAUAGAACAUCGUUUAGUACAUGUUCAGCGACCGAUAUUACGAAUACCACAUCUGGCUAUACAUCUACAGAAAGAUAUGAAUGAUAGUUUUGGUCCAAAUAAAGAAAAUCAUGUAUGUCCUAUAUUAGCUACAUGUUUACAGACAGAAUUGCAAGGGUUUCCCUGUCCAAAGGAAGCACCUCCUGGUGCACUUCAGUUUGAGAAACAUGUACCUAGUUUAGUCAGUUUAUUGUGUACUGAACUAGGAAUAGAGAAAGAGCAGAUGUUGGAUUUUGAAUUGUGUUUGGCUGAUACUCAACCUGCAGCUAUUGGAGGUAUAUUUGAAGAAUUUAUCUUUGCACCCAGAUUAGAUAACCUACUUAAUGCUUACACUGCUGCUGAGGGACUUAUUGAAUCCUGUGAAGAUCAAUCACUUCAAGGUGAUACUAAUGUUCGACUCAUCUGUCUGUUUGAUAAUGAAGAGGCUGGAUCAGAGAGCGCUCAAGGAGCAGCAUCAACCCUUCAAGAACUUGUAUUAAGAAGGAUCAGUGCUGAAUCUAAAAACCCUACAGCUUUUGAAGAAUCCAUCCCUAAAUCUUAUAUGUUAUCUGCUGACCAGGCUCAUGCUAUACAUCCUAACUACUCUGAAAAGCAUGAAUCAAAUCAUCAACCAGGUUUUCAUAAGGGUAUUGUGAUCAAAUUUAAUGCAAAUCAGUGUUAUGCAUCAACAGCAAUAACCUCAACUAUAUUGCGUGAAAUUGCUAAGAGAGUUAAUGUGCCUUUACAGGAUUUUGUAGUGCGAAAUGAUUCUCCUUGUGGUUCUACUAUUGGUCCAAUCAUGUCAGCUAAACUUGGGAUACCCACCUUAGAUAUUGGAGCCCCACAACUUAGUAUGCAUUCUAUCAGAGAGAUGGGUUGUACUUCAUCAGUAUCCCAGGCUAUUAAUUUAUACAAGGGAUUUUUUCAACUGUACCCAGAAGUAUUUUCGUCCCUGAAGUUUUAACUCUUUUAAGAGAACAAAAAAACUUUAGCAACAUAUUGUGAUAUGAUACACUGGUAGAUAAUCAAAAUGAAUAGUAUGAAUAAAAUAUCAUCAUAAAAAAAUAGAAGAAUUUACUACGAUUUUUGAUGAAAUCCUUGAAAUUAUAUCAGUUAAUAAAGAAAAUUAUUUGUUGAUCCAUUGAUAUAUGCACAUACUUUUGAAAAUUUGUUAUAUUUAGUUGGUUAUAUUAAUAAUAUGGAUGAACCAGGUGCUGUCAAAAUUUAUUUUUCAAUUGUUUGUUGAUAACAAAAUUUCGAUAUAUUUCUACAUUUUGCAUACAUCCCAUUUUUUUCAUGAUCAUACAUAAUAAAAUUAAGGGUGCCAAAAGAAUUAUAAAGAAACCUCUAGAGAUGGCAAAAUUUACUCUGUGAUGCAGUAAUUAAUGUAAAAUUGAUUAUGAUCAUGGCUAUUUAUUUAAAGUAAUGACUUUAUAAGAUUUGAUGUAUUAUAUAUUUAGAAUUUAUUGUUAACUGAUUGAAGUACAUAAUCACAUUUGUUUUACAAUCAAAUGUAGGAUACCAGAAAUAAAUAAGGAAUUAAUCAAUUAUAGUGUUUAUUUGAAAAAAAAUUUUAUUGUAAGGUACAUAAGUCUGUCACUUUCUUGUGACCACGCUACUUAUCAGCAUUUUUUUUAAAUUCACAGGGUUUGUUCAUUGUACAUAAAAAGGGUUUGUGUUUCACAAUUUUUGGACAGUGGGACAUUUUAGUUAGGGUUAAAAGAGGUCAGAAUUCAGUCACAAGGCAGCAGGAGGUAGGGUCAAUAAUAAGCUUCAAUUCCCUUUAAUCGACAUCAGCUACAAAUAUUUCUUAUGUGGCAUAUGGUAUUCUAAAUAAUAUUUAUAAUUACCACCAAAAAAAAAGAAAGAAAAUUAGGCACACCCAAACGUCCCUGAAAAGAAUAAUUCAUGAUGUUUAAACAGCCUUUAUCAGGUUUAUAAAACGGUAUUUUAUAAUCAAUGUACAUGACAAGGAAUACUAGACCUACUAUUAAAAUUCUAAAUAAUUCAACCUCA